GUCUUAUUGUGCAGUUGAUAAUCGCACAUGAACUUACGUCAAUGGCGGUACAAGGAUUGAGAGAAGGAUCGCAAAAUUAGGUGAAGCUCUAUAUUUGAUAAUCGCAUAUCAUCCUGAUCAGAAAAAUGGAAAUUAAAACAAAUGAGAUGAACCCAGCGAAGAGCUGUGAUGUGACAAGAGGGCAUGAACACUACAUCAGUCAUAUAUUGUUAUUGGAACAAGCUUCGCCCAUCGCAUUGAAGGCCAUUAUAAAAAGAGAAGAAAAAAAAUGUGGAAAAGAUAUUGGUAUUUUGCUAAAUGAGAAAAGAGAUAUGUUUAAAACCCAGUACGAAACAGAGUUUCUUCAAUUAUUUCAAGGAGAUGAUGUCAAUGACGACAUUGAUACGUGGGACACUCUUCAAUUAUGUCCUGUGACAUUAUUUUUUUUUAAAUCUGAUCUAACUGAUGCAGAAGUUAAAGCCAUUCAAUGUAUAUAUAAUCAGAGGAAAGAUAUUGAACAAUACACCGAAUGUGCCUCCCUAGCAUUCAAUACCUACAACGAGAAACAACAUUUAUUGCACGAUCAAUUACUCGAGUUGAUAACGCUCAUAGACGACCAAGCUAAUCUUGAUUGUAAACGUAUGAUGUUUUCAUUUGAAUCAAAAUCAAUGAAAUUAAGCGGAAAAAAGAUAGACAAACUAGCACAGACAAAUGACAUCAAAACUCAUCUUAAAAUUGCAAUUGAUGUAGAUGUCGUAACGGAGAAUGAUAUCAUUGGCGGAAAGAACCACCAAAAGCUCCAGUUAAAUGGCCAAAUGUUCACUGAAGAACUUCAGAACAAAAAUGUCUACAUCAAUGAUUCAGCUAUUUUGACAUGUAAACUCAACCUUCCAACAGAUGAAAAUGUUGAGUGGAGGAAAGAUUACAAGCCGGUUGAAAUUUCAAACAAUUUAAUGGUCAUGAGCAAGAAUGGCAAUCAUUGGUUAGCGAUUUCCCGUGCAUCAUUAGAAGAUACGGGUCAAUAUACGUGUGUAUAUGGCCAUAUUUCAACAUCAGCUGAUCUUACUGUUAUAGAUGAGGCAUUACGUGUGGUCGUUGAUUUGCCUGUCAAGAUUGAGGUUAUUGAGAAUGGAAACAUUGAUAUAGAAUGUAAGGUGAACCUGCUAACGAGUAAACCUGUUUGGCGACAUAAAGAUAAACUUCUACAAUCAUCUGCUAGAAAUGUUAUACUAACCAAGGGUAAUACACACAAAUUGAUCAUCACGAAUGUAAAAUUACACGACGAGGGUGAAUAUAUAGUUGAGUUUGGUAAUGUCUCAUCUAAAACAACAGUUCAAAUACAAGGCGAAACAGACCUUAUUCAUAGAAAACAGAUAACACACGAAUUGUACAGAAAUUGGAUGAGAGGAGCUUUAGCGUUAAAAUAUUUGAAAAUAGGUUUAGAGGGUUUUUCCGACAAGGCUGUUACCAAACAACAUGAUGAUCUAAUGAAAAGACUUGGAAACACAUGCAACACUUGUACAGAGGAAAGUCUUCUCCCACAUAAAAAAGAUCAAUGCCCACGGCAAGGAAAACAUCAGUGUUUAUGUACAAACAGUAAGAAAAGAAAGUCAAGACAAAUGUGUCCAAAUGGAGGAUUUUGUGGCAACGUUUAUAGUAAAAUAGUUUGUAAACAUCGCUUUCAAAAUCCAUCAUUCACGAACACGGAUGUCCAGAAAUGGAGCAGUGAUCCAUGGAGUGUUGCUACAUGCUUUAUAAAUACUACUGGCUACAAAGGCAAACAAUCAGCUAAAGAUGUCGACUGCUCUGGUUUACUUAGUAUGUGUAUAAACAACAUUGAUAUAGAAAUGAUGCUUGGAGAAGUUAUCAUCGAUGGGAAAAUAGAUGCCUUUGCUCAGGCAAGGGCAGCGCGGAAUGAUAUUCUACACAGUCCAAACUAUGAACUAUCUGAAAAUCAACUAAACAAGUUUAUCAAGAUGUUCAAAGAAGUACUAAAUAUCAAGGACAAACAUGGCAAUACACCUCUGAAAGGGGAGCCAGGCGUGACAAACGCCUUACAUUUACUAAAUAUGGUGCAACAAAAUCAGAUUGAGAUUAACCUUGAACAUGAGGUGAGACAGCUGAGAGAGCAUGGGAUGUCUAGAUUAGAAGAGAAAUACGAAACAGCACAAAAACAGCAUGAAUUGAAACUUCAACUGAUAGAGCAACAGAUAAAAGAUAAAGAAAAUGAGCUUGGGCUUAUGCUUAAUCUUAGAUCUGCAGGAAAACAAAAAAAUCUUAAAGAGCACUUCUUGCUUGAUCUACAGAUAAAAGUUAUUGCUAAAAAUGGUGAAAGAAAUGCUGAAGGGAAUCAACGAGUUUAUGAUAAAAUGAGAGACUAUAUUAAAGAUAACGAUAGUAUGACUUGUUCGCCUUUUGAUGAAAGAUCAACUGAUACACCAGUCUGUCACCUCGUAGAUUUCAUCAAGGCCAUGAAGAAAUGCCGUAACGUUGAUAUUUCUCCCACUGACCAAUCGUCAACAGACAUACAAAUCAACUGUCCCAGUUCGAAUGCCAUGAAAGAUUUUCUCAAGUCUAUCAUCGGUAACGAAUUUCAACAAAAACUGUUUGACCUUAGACGAUGGCUACAAGUGCAAUAUGACAUUGAAUCGUAUGACAUAAUGGCUAAUUGCUCAUCAAAUGGCAUAGAGAAAGCAAAACAACGUCUGCACUUUACUGACGUAACCAGAACUUUGACUUGUGCCGAGCAUCAAAAUACACAAUGUACUCUCUAUUGUCCUGACCAUGACACGUUUUUAUGUACAGCAUGCAGGGAAUCAAGACAUGGCACAUGUCUUGGUAUAAAACAAGUUACAUCUGAAAGGUCUUAUGAUGAACAGAAACGUCGUCUAGCCAUCGAAAGUAUAAAAAGAAGUUAUAACGUUAGAAUAGAUAAUACUUUAAUAAAUAAAGACAACAAAGAUCAAGAUGAGUGUUUUAUCACUAGUAUGUGCAUGCUUCCUAAAAAUGAAGUUCUCCUUGCUGACCUCGGGAAUGAAAUACUGAAGAAAUUGAACAGUUCAUACAAGGAAAUAAGCUACUGUGAUGUACCUGAAUAUCCCUAUUCUGUAUGUUAUAUAGGCAAUGAUACAGCUGUAGCUAGUUUAGGAGGCAAUACCAUACAGUACGUGAAUAUAUCAGGUAAGAUAAGCCUAAUACAAUCAGUGACGCUAGAUCAUGAAUGUUUCGGUCUAGCUUGUCACGGUGACACACUCUAUGUUAGCAGUAGAGACACAAUUUACAAAUAUGACAAAAACUGUAAACAAAAACAAGUUAUCUAUCAUUAUCCGAAUAAUAUCUUCAGUCCCUCAAUUGCUAUAAGUGACAAUGGUGAGCGAAUCUACUUAUGUAAUGAUACAGGUCUAACUACAAUAGAUGCCAAGGGAACUCAUUUAUUCAGUUCAAAAUUUAAAUAUUAUAUCAUUCGUGAUAUAUGCAUUGUUGUUGAAGGUAUUGUUCUUGUAUUAGAUGAAUCAAACAAUCUUCAUCAGUUGGAUUAUACAGGAAAAAAGCAUCGGACUGUAGGUAGAAUGCCAUUAACUGCGCGUUCUAUGUGUUUUGACAGAGAAAGAUGUAGACUUAUUUUUGGUGGUGAUGAAGACGAGAUAAAUGUCUACAAAUGCGAGUUUUUGCAAAGUUAGUUAAUAAAAUUGUUGUGGUAAACCAAGAACCAAAUGAAAAAUGCAUCGCUAAUCUACUUUUGUUUAUUUUAAUUUAUAAGUUUGUAAGUUUACUUUAUUUCUUCAUCCAGCCAUUACUUAAUAUUUUGAUAUCGCACUUAUUUACCUUGAAUGUAUUUGUAAUAAAGGUUGAAUAGUUACGAGUUUGAAACUUUUUAAAAUCCAAAUCGAGACUAUUAAACAACAAGACUGUCUUCGUUAAGGGCUUACGAAUUAACUGAUAAUUGAUUUAUUCCGCAUAUAUCAAUUGUAACUAACAUUCCGACAAAUUGCUAAUUGGGCGUCUACAUUAUGUCAUAUCUUAGAAACAGUUUUAAGGAAAAAAAUGAAUAAUUGAUAAUUUAUUGCUCAUAAGAAAAACAAAUUUUCAUUACAAAUUAUCAACGGAAAAUAUACAACGAGACAUUCAUCGUAAAAAACUUCAGGAUGAAAUACUUC